CAGAUCUCCAAGACUAGCACCCCAUAGCUCAGCUGAUGGUCUGCUGCUUUUGCUGCCUACCCGGCGAGGAAGCCCUUGCUCGCCCCCCGCUCAUUGAAGCCCAGAGCGCCGUAGACGAGGCACACGAGGUCCCCCGCCACGCCAAGGACACCCAGUUGCCGCAGGAGCCAGUGCCCGGCGCCUGCUACACCGUGGGCGUGGACGUGGAUCCCUACGGCACGCCUUUGGGCAUCACUUUCGACCUCAUGGACGGGUUUGUGUGCGCUGUGGCGCGCAUCAGUCCCAUGUCACUGAUCGCCGCGUGGAAUCAGAAGUGCUCGGGUCAGGAGGUGGUGAGACCCCGCGACCGUCUCCUGAAGGUGAACGGCCAAGGGGGGGACGGCGAGCGGCUGGCCAAAGCUCUGGCGCAGGGGCUGCAUGAGCCCGGUGCCCACGCGCUGUUGGUUUUUCAACACCCGGUAGUCUCCAGUGUGUCCAUUGCCAAAGAAGGCACCGCUCUGGGCUUGAGCCUGCACUACGCAGCUGACAACAUGCUAGGUGGGCUCUGCGUCAAGAGCGUGGGCAGCGGCUUGGUGAAGGAGAGGGGCCUGGCGAUCCGGGCCGGGCAUCGCAUUAUGGAUGUGGACGGUGAAAAGACCGUCAAUAAGAUGCUCGAGCGCAUGAGGAGGAACGAGGCUUUCAGCCUCACAGUCAUCUCGUGGCCGGAGGAUGGCGCAAAGUGAGAAGUUGCAAUUUCCGCUUUGCGCAACGAUAUUGCAAGGGACCUUGCAGUGCAGUUUAGGGGCUGCUGUCUGAAAUGAGCUCGCAGAAC